AUGCGUGCACACAACGCCGUAGAGAUGGCCAAAACGGUGCUUGAAGUUGCCGACGUCGCUUGGACCGCCGUUGAAUGCGGCCACCAUCUCUGUCACCAUAAUCCCCCUGCCACCCCCGACAAUAACGCCGACAAUCCUUCUGAUCACGACUUAGAGUCUCUUCAAUCGGAAAAUCGACGCCUCAGGAGUUUGCUUGAUCAGAAUCUUAAGCUUCUUCAUAACCUCUCCGAAUCAAAUUCAUUCAUCAACAAUUGCCCUCCCGAUUUGCACGUGCGAUUAGCUGCUACGGUGAGGUCCGAUGAGUACUUGACUCGGCUCAAGUGUCUACAAAAGGAAACUGCUAGUGGUGGAAAUCAAUUUCCUUUUAAGGAGGCCACUGAGGUUGAUUAUCGAUCCGCUGAUAUUUUAAUCAAUGUGGACGCUAAAGAGCCGAGUUGGUGGGUUUGGGUUGCUGAUGAGACGGAUCCGGUUAAUUUUGAGGAAUGUAGUGGAAUUGAUGAUGAGAGUUACUUGAUCAUCAGUGAGGAACAUGUGGUUGAUGGAGUUGCUAACUUUAUGGCAAGAUGCAUUAUGUCAAACCCGAAAGCCCUGAAGUUGUCACCAGAGGAAUUACAGGAAAAUCUGUCAAAAGCAUUUGCUGGUACAAGCAAACUGGAAAAGAUUUUAGAUAUUUGGAAUGCUGGGAAGUUGUUUUAUACGCUUUCUACCUGGGGGCUUGCUUUGGCAGGGCUGUACCAAAGCCGUUCAUUGAUAAAAGUUGCAGCAAAGGGUGUUCAUUCAGGCGGUAAACUCGCUCUCAAGUUGAAGGCUCUAAAGAUGGCUGCUCCAUGA